GUGUGCCAAGCAGCUCGACCCCUCGCGCCAAUUCCGUCUAUUGGCUGUCGGGAGGAGGAUGGCUGGCAGGAUUUAGCGUCUUUUCCCGUCCAGCACAACAAGCUCAUUACCGGAGCUGCGCGGCGCGCCUGGAAACGGAUUUACGCGCACGAAAAGGAGGAGUUUGGAGGUCGAGUAGGAUGCUGAGUAUCUUUCCUCCUCGCCACUGCUCUCCACCCAGCUCUCCAUGACCUGAGAGCACCAGCACAGCGGGAGGAACGAAACACCAGAGCGAGAGAGGAAGAGGAGGGCAGCAGGCCAGGGAAGGCAGAGGAAGGAACACGCUUUUUUAGUUCUUAUUGUUUGUUUUCCCCUUUCUGAGAUGGCGGCGACGGAGGCCAGUGCAGCGCCGGUGGUCCAGGAAGACGGAAAAACCCCCGAAAGCAAGCCGGCGGAGGCGGAGCAGCCGGCCAACAAUGCAAACUCAGAGACUGUCAACAGCGAGGUUGUCGAUAAAGAUGGCACGGCCGUCAACAGCGAGGUUGUCGAUAAUAAAGAGACUGUGAAUAACGACACAGCGGCGGCAGCUGCAGGAAACGAGGAGGGAGGAGUGGCGGCGGCGAGCGAGGAGGCAGCACCCACCCAGAGCUCGGAAAAUGCCUCCUCCUCCGAGCCCAAGACCUCCUUUCUGGACUCCUUCCUCAACAAGAGCGGCCUGGGGAAGGUGAUGGGAGGACGGAAGAAGAAGGAGCAGGAGAGCGCCACUGAAGGAGGCGAGAAGGAGGCGGAGAAAGGAGGCGAGGAGGCCGCAGUGGCCGAGGGAGGCGCAGAAGGCGAAGAGGCAACGGAGAAGGUGGCAGAAAACGGCGAGAAGGAGGACGAGAAGAAAGCCGAGAAGGGCAAACCGGCGGAGGCCAAAUCCACAGUCCGAGAUCUGAUCAGGAAGCCGGUUGCGAGGAUCUUCUCACAUCGCAGCACCGAGAAGAAGGACGGCGGCGCCUCAGAAUCCCUGAAACAAGUAAAGGUUCGGUCCAAGUCCCUGGAUCGGCUUGAAGAUCCAGAAGCACUUAACACCACCGCAGACUCCACCAUUGAGGAGGGAGGAGCUGCCGGAGGAGCAGAAGGAGGCGCUGACGGAGAGCAGAAAGCCUCGUCCUCCUCGGCGACCACCAAGCACAUGAAGCGCUGGCACUCCUUCAAGAAGCUCAUGGCCCAGAAGGCCCACAAGAAGAGCGGCGGUGGCGAGGAUGGCAAGGAGGACGGAGUAGACGGAGUUGAAGGAGGCGGCGGCGACUCCUCCACGCUCGACUCCAAGGAGUCCGGCCAGAAGAGGUGGAAGCUGAAACGCUCCUGGACCUUCCAGGGCCUGAAGAGAGACACAUCCAUGGUCGGCAUCAGCGGCAAGGCCAAGAGCUCCGACAAAGAUGGCGCCGACAAGACAGAGGAGGCAGUGGCGGGAGGAGCAGAGGGCGGUGAGGAGGCGAAGGCGGAGGGAGGAGCCGAUGAGGCCAAGACGGAGGGCGGCGAGGAGAAAGCAGAAGGAGGCGAGGAGGAGAAGGUGACCGCAGGUGGAACGGUGACGCAACACGCCAACGAGAUCUGGACCUCCUUCAAGAAGCGCGUCAUCCCUAAGAGCAAACGCGCCAACACGGAGUGCGCCCCCGGUGCUGAGGAGGACGCCACUGUAGCUGCUGCCUCCGGUGAGGACGGAGCAGCAGAUGAAGGCAAAGAUGGCAAGUCGGCCAAAGCCAAGCGCUCACAUUUCGGCCGCGCUGUUUCCCUGAAGAACUUCGUCCUGAGAAAGGGUAAAUCCACCAGCGUGGACAUGGGCGAAGGCGCCAAGGAGGAGGAGGAGGCGGCGGAAGGAGGUGAGGCCACAGAAGGAGGCGAGACAGCGGCGGAGGAAGGCGGCGCCGACGGUGAAGCAGUAGCGACUGAGGAAGCCAACGACAAAGAUGCAGCAGCGGCAGCCGAGAAGAAAACACCGGCGGCGGAGGCGGAGGAGGGCAGCGGCGAGGCGGCGAAGGAGGCGGAGAAAACGCCGGCUGAAGCCCCGGUGACCAACGGCGAGAACGGCUGCUCCAACGGCACGGCAGAGGAAACCGCCGAACACAAUCACCAGGACGAGGAGAAGACGACGGGGAGCAGCCCCGUGAAGAAGGGCAAGGAGGCGGUGAAGGACGAGGCCAACGCCAAGAUCAUCAACGCCGUGAACAGCGACAAAAAGGCGGGAAACGUGUGAGGCCACUCAGAGAGGAUUAGAACUGCCCCGGGAUUCGCUGAGCAUGGAGCUCUGAGCCCCGCCCCCAACCCAAGCUCCUCCCACCCAGCCCCUACAAGCUCCGCCCCCUCCCUAACGAGUUAUCAGAUAUCGUCAUGGUGACAGAGGCUGAGAGAUGCAAUUAGAUGAGAAAAAUAAUAAAUACUCAGAAAGCAAUAAUUCAACGAGCCCUUCUCCUUCUUCUUCUUCUCCAAACCAUCCAGUGUUUGUUUUUUUAAAAAUCUUUCUUUGCUUGUCUGUGAAAUUUUAUAUUUGUCUACAAGAGAAAACAGCAGAAAUGUGAAAAAAAUCAUUCCACCCUUCCUCCUUCCUCCUCCUUUAUUUUCUUCUUCCUUCCUCCUUCACUCUCUGCCGACUCCUGAUUGGUGGAAAAAAAAGAACAAAAAAAAAGACUGUUAGUUUUAUAUGGACGGCCAUUUUGUUUUGUAGUCCCCUUCCUGCACCUCCGCCUGUUUUGCCCCCCUGAUCUGCCCCAGUAGGUAUUUGAGCAGCAGGACCCCGUAAAUAAAGCGCCCCGAGGACCGCCGCCUCCCGACAACAACCGCCACGUCUUCAGCUCUGUGUGUUCAAUGUUUUUAGACUGUUAUAUUAUUGUGUACAUGGAUUUAAAGUUAAAAAAAUAAGCAACAAACAAAACAAACAAACAAACCACCAUCGAAUAUUAAAAAGAAAAUUUGUUUUUUUUCCCUUCUUUCUGUUCGGUUUGGAUUUUAUUUUUCUUUCUUUUGUCUCGUUUUAUUUUUUAAAGAAAAACGCCUUGUCACUGUUUCCUGCAGUCUGACGACGCGCUGUAAUUAAAAAUGAUGAUGAUGAUGAUGAUGAUUAUGUUUUGUUGGUCCAAGUUUUCACGUCCGCUAGCAAAUUGUCAAGAAAAAAAAUAGUACAAUAAAGACUAAAAUCUAACAAACUA